AUGCUACAUCUCACACUGUCUCUCAUCUACGCUCUAGCAUUAGUACCCGGUACUUUCGCCAUCCCAUCCCAACAACUACACACCCGCCAGCAGCCCUUCAAAUCCACACCCAUAACCACCCACGCCGAGCCAUGGGCCAUCGCCUUCCUCCCCGACAACCGCAUUCUCGUCACCGAGCGCCGCGGUAACCUACGUCUCGUCGACCCGACCAAGAAAUCCACCGGCACCAUCACCGGCGUCCCCGCCGUCGCCUACGCCGGCCAGGGCGGUCUCCACGACGUCGCCUUACACCCGCAAUACGCCUCGAACAGCCUCAUCUACAUCAGCUACGCCGAGAGCGGCAGCGGCGGUGCAGGCGGCGCCGUCGCGCGGGCCAAACUCACGCUCGAUGCCAACGGCGGCGGCGCGCUGUCUGGGCUCGAGGUCAUCUGGCGGCACUCGCAGCGGGCGACAGGGGGGCUGCAAUUCGCAUGUCGACUGCUGUUCGGGGCGGACGGCGCGCUGUGGAUUGCGUCGGGCGAAAUCAACCAGAUGUUCCCUGCGCAGGCGAUGGGUGGGAAUCUGGGGAAGAUGGUGAGGUUAUACGAUAACGGGACUGCGUUUGCCGGGAACCCGUUUGCCAGCCAGGGCGCGGUUCAGGCGCAGGUAUGGUCGCUGGGCCAUCGCAAUCCGCUGGGUAUUGAUUUAGAUGCGCAAGGACGGCUGUGGGAGGUCGAGAUGGGACCCAUGGGUGGGGAUGAGCUUAAUUUGAUUCAGUCCGGUGCCAAUUAUGGAUGGCCGCUUGUGUCGGAGGGGAAACAUUAUAACGGUACUGCGAUUCCCGCGCAUAGUAAGCGCCCGGAUUUCGCGGCUCCAAAAGCGUUCUGGGUGCCGGUCAUCUCCCCGGCGGGCUUGAUCAUCUAUAAGGGCGAUCUUUUUCCGAGCUGGAAGGGGAAUGCUAUUAUUACCGGGCUGAGCUCGCAGGGUCUUGUGCGUGUGGCUAUUACUGGGGAUACGGCGAAGGAAGCGCAGCGUAUCUCGAUGGGUAAGCGUAUGCGUGGGAUUCGAGAGGCUAAGGACGGUGCCAUUUGGGUGAUUGAGGAUGGUGCAAAUGGUAGGCUUUUGAAGCUUACUCCGAACUGA